AUGCCGGAUCGAAGGCCCAUCCUCACUCUCCCACUCCCAGCUCGGGAUCCCUUUGAAUCUCAACGACCUGGGUCAUCACUUCAAAGCCCUUCAAUACGCAGCCCCCGAUUUCAUGAAGACUUCGAUGCACCUUUCUCGUUGGACAUCAUGAACGCAUCGAGAACAACUCUCGCAACCGACACCAUGAGUUUUCCUUCAACUGGCACAACUAGCCGUAACAGUUUUGGCUGUGAUGGUGACCGACCUUCACCCCUUCAACAUCGCAAUGCCUCCUGGGAAUCAGAGACUAAGCGUCGGUCAAAGGUCAAUGAUCGCAUCCUGGAGUGGGCAAAGAGAUCAUGGGGGGCUGUACGCAUGCGGCCCAGCUCCAAGGAUGACCCCAAGGACGACUAUUUUGAGGGUCACCCAGCCCAGAGCCCAACAAGCGAUAUAACGUCGCCUUCAUCAGAUAAUAUCACACCCUCAGAGCCCGACGGCGGCCGAACUACCCACAGCAGUCAAGUGUUUGCUGUCACUGGGUUGCCAAGUUCGAAGGCAGGAUCGAAGUGA